AUGAGUGGAGAGAUGGGUGACACUGAGAAAGAAGUAGAACGAGGAAAACAAGAGAAACAAGAGAGGAACAAGAACAAGAGAGGGGGAGAAAACAAGAGGGAAAACAAGAGAGGGGGAAACAGAGGAAGGAAAACAAGAGAGAGGGGGAAACAAGAGGGAAGCAAGAGGGAACAGAGGGGGAAACAGGGGAAGCAAAGAGAGGGGGAACAAGAGAGGGAAACAAGAGGGGAAGAAACAAGGGGGAAAACAAGGAAAACAAGGAGGGGGAGAAAGAAAACAGAGAGGGAAACAGGAAAACAAGAGGAGAGGAAACAAGAGGAAACAAGAGAGAGAGAAACAAGGGGAAACAGAGGGGAAAGGAAACAAAGAGGAAAACAAAGGGGGAAAACAAGAGAGAAACAAGGGGGAAAACAAAGGGGAAAACAAGAAACAAAGAAAGAGGAAACAAGAGGGGGAAACAAGAGAGCAAGGGGGAACAGAGGAAACAAGAGGGGGAAACAAGAGAAACAAAGGGAAAAACAGAGAGGGAAAACAAGGGGGGAAAACAAGAGAGGAAACAAGAGAAACAAGAGGAAACAAGGAGGAAACAAGGGGGAAACAAGAGAGGGGGGAAACAGAGAGGGGGAAACAGAGAGGAGAACAAGAGGAAACAAGAGAGGGGAAACAAGAGAGGGGAAACAAGAGAGGGGAAAACAAGAGGGGGAAAACAGAAGAAGCAAGAGGGAAACAAGAAACAAGAGGAAACAAGAGAGGGGAAACAAGGAACAAGAGGGGACACAAGGGGGAAACAAGAGGGGGAAAACAAGAGAGGGGGGAAAACAAGAGAGGGAAAACAAGGGGGGAAAACAAGAGGGGGAAAACAGAGAGGAAACAAGAGAGGGGAAACAGAAACAAGAGACAGAGGAAACAAGGAAACAAGGGGGAAACAAGAGAGGAAACAAGAGAGGGAAACAAGAGAGCAAGAGGGGAAAACAAGAGGGGGGGAAAACAAGAGGGGAAACAAGGAAAACAAGAGAAAGGGGGAGAAAACAAGAAGAGGGGGAAAACAAGGAAAACGAGAGGGGAAAACAAGGGGGAAACGAGAGGCAAGAGAGGGAAACAGAGAGGGGAGAAACAAGAGAAAAGGGGAAACAAGAGGGAAACAAGAGGAAACAAGGGGGAAAACAAGAGAGGGAAAACAAAGAGGAAACAAGAGAGGGGAAAACAAGAGGGGAAACAAGAGAAAACAAGAGGGAAAACAAGAGGGGAAACAAGAGAGGGAGAGAAAACAAGGAAUUAGGAGACAAAGUUAGCAUACAGAGUCCUCGUGAACCUGGAGCCAACACACCUAGCUGGAAUCUCAAACAUUAUGAUAUUAACAGCGACGGUACACAAAAAAAAUUGACUUAA